UUUUUUUUUUUUGUAUUUCUUCCAAGAAUCGCUGUAGUAGCGCACGAGUGACGUGUCAGGAUUACAUACAUGUAGUACGUCAUCCGGUGGCUGUCAAAAGGUAUCAUACUUACUGAGACCUAAGAUUGAGGGCAAGGAUCAGUUUUCCUGGAUAGGCCUUGGGAUGUGAUGUGAUUUCAAGAUCUGUAGGGCUGUUAUCAGAGUAUUUUUACAUAUUUCAGAUAUUUGCUAGGCCUUUACAUUGUUAUAAAAAUUAUAGGGCUGUUGUAAAAACUAAGGUUAUAUUUACGUGUAACUGUCUACGUCACUAUUUACUUCAAUUCAUUUAUGCUUCGGUGAAUGAGGCUGGCCAGAUAUGGAGGAGACCCUUUUCAGAUGUAGUUCACGUGACAAAGGCAUGUCACACACGCACAUACAUAUUCAACCCUUACCAUGUUCAUCUGUCUUAAAAGCGUCUAAAACCCAUGGUCUGUCACAUCAAUUCGAGUGGUGUAGUGGUGUAAGGAACCAGCUGAAGACCCUACAUGCUGUCUGAUGGAAGUUCGAAUCCAGGGCAUCCCACAACAAGUUAGGUAAAUCCUUUCCAAAAAGUAUAAAUUGCGAAUUUUGUCAAUGACAUUGACACUUGACAGAAUCUAGAAUGACAAAUGUCGUAUCUACGCUGUUUUUCUUUGUAUGCAAAUUAAACAUCUUCCCAUUCAAUUUUAACCAAUGAAAAAUCAGUAAAAGCAUGUGACUGUGGGGGAAAAAAUGAUUUCAGAAUGCAAGUGGAGAUCAACACGUAAAUAUAACCAUAGUCCUUACAACUCCCAACUGUAGCCUGGAAAACUAAUAUGUUAAUAUUUGCAGUGCAAUUAGUUGAGUGUGGCUAAUAUCUUUAUUACAGAUUUAAAAAAUACCCCAAAAAGAAGAAAAACAACCCCCCAAAACUCAGAAGGCAAUGUCUUAGCUAAUUUAUAUAGGUAUUAUGCAUUAAAAAUGUUCAAUAAUUAUAGAAAAUUUCUUCAUGCAGUCAUCUUGACAGUUUCAUUUUUUAUAAUUUGAUAUUAAUGUGAACCUAAAUUUUAUGACUGGGAUGAUGCUGUGAUUUAGAUGCACGACUUUCAGUAUCUAUCAGGCGCAUAAAGCACUAGUGCAAUCCUACAGUUGAUAAUGAAUCUCUGAGGUUCUACACUUGAUCACUUCCUUUGGCUUAGGGGUCGUAGUGGCAAUAAAUAGUUGACAGUGCCCUUAGGCCCAUUUUGGUUGCCUUACAUGGAGUUUACAAGAAAUCAAACCCUUCCACCAAUAUGACACAAGUCUGUAUGUACAAUUAUGGCAAAGUGCAAUAACUUGCCCAGCAUGUAGAUCAGGAGCUGCGGAACCAUUACCAAAAUGGGUUCUGAGCUGAGUCUCAAAUUAGGAAUCUGAUGGGCUGAGUAACAAAAAUGACUUCUGUAAAAAGAUAGUGCGGGGACUGAAGCAUGCCCACCAGUCUCCCAGCCCCCACCCAGAAAACUCCCCAGUCUUAAUAUACCCUAAAAGACCAUAAAUUUCAUCCAUGACUAACUUAAGCAUUUUUCCCGAUUUUUUCUGUUGAUUUUAUAAAGGUAUGUUGAGGUUUGCUUGGAACAUGGAAUGAUAUUCUGCUGGGAAAUUGUAAGUUUCAAUGCCAGAAAUAAUAUUUUAUGAUAUUUAUUUGCCUCAAAAAAUGCACUUUUGUGGACAAAAUUUUAGGUCAGUUAGUGUAAGAGAAAACUUCUUGAGUAUAGUCUCAUGCUUUUGUCCUCUUGACUUUGUUGACAGGUUGUUAUACACAUUAAUUUAAUAACACAGGAAUAAGGACAAGAAUCACGACACGAAUCACAUAAAAGUUCACAAUGGAAGUGUACCGAGAUGAGUUGAAGCUAGUGAAUGAGGAACUUGUGUAUGUGCGGUCCCAGAUAAGUGAUCUACUGGACAGACAGGCCACCCUACAAGGCAAGAAGGCGGAGUUGGAAGAGAUCUUAAAACGGAAGUCUUCUAAAGAUCAACAUGAGGAUGAGAAAAACUGGGAAAAGACAGAUUUUGCCUGGUCUAAGGACCUAACAGAAAAAAUGAAAUCAGUGUUUAAAAUGAGCAAACUACGCCCACUUCAGCUGAAAACGAUGAAUGUGACUUUAGCAGGCAAAGACUGUAUGUUGAUCAUGCCAACAGGGGGAGGUAAAUCUCUCUGCUUCCAGUUACCUGCCCUUCUCUCCAAAGGAAUUACUUUAGUUGUCUCCCCUUUGGUAUCCCUGAUGGAGGACCAAUUAAUGGCUCUGAAAAAGCUUGGGGUGAACGCAACUAUGUUGUCAGCCUCUGCUACUCCAGCGGAGUUGAAGCAGACACAGGAGGCCAUGCUCGACAAAAACUCUCCGCUCAAGAUCUUAUAUGUCACCCCAGAGAAGCUGGCCAAGAGUAAACGUUUCAUGGCCAAACUGGAGAAGAUGUACGAACUUGGAAGGUUUGCCAGACUUGUUAUAGAUGAGGUGCACUGCUGCUCUCAGUGGGGUCAUGACUUCCGGCCAGAUUACAAGUUUCUGGGCAUCAUGAAGCGACAGUUCCCAGAGGUUCCCAUACUGGGCCUGACAGCCACUGCUACCCUCAGUGUCCUGAAGGAUGUACAGACCAUCCUGAACAUUUCCCUGGACAGCUGCUACCUGUUCAGAGCCUCAUUUAACAGACCUAACCUGUACUACCAGGUGCGACACAAACCUGCUGCUCCAGAGAAAGUCAUAGAUGAUAUGGAAUCUUUGAUUAAGAAGAAAUUCAAAGGAAAAUCUGGAAUCGUGUACUGCUUCAGUAAGAAGGAGUCCGAGGAGAUCACAGCAGAUCUGAACAAGCGAGGGAUCAAGUCGGGAGUUUACCACGCUGAUUGUUCAGCUGCUGAUAGGAGUCAAGUCCACCAGGCCUGGUCCAGUAACAAGAUACAGGUUGUGGUAGCCACUGUGGCCUUUGGUAUGGGAAUUGAUAAGCCAGAUGUCCGCUUUGUCAUUCAUCAUUCUAUCAGCAAGUCGAUGGAAAACUUGUACCAGGAGAGUGGCAGGGCAGGCCGUGAUGACCAGCAGGCCCACUGUAUAGUGUAUUAUCGUCUGGCGGAUGUGUUCAGACAGAGUAGUAUGGUGUUCACAGAACAGACCGGCCUGGACAACCUGAUGGGUGUGGUGGAUUACUGUACAAAUACUGAUAGGUGUAGGCGUUCCAUGAUUGCUCGUCACUUUGGGGAGGUGUGGGACAAGAGUCACUGUAAUCAGAUGUGUGACCAUUGUGAUCCACAAAACAGAGUGAACUCCCAGACUGUGGACAUAUCAGGCAUGUGUGCUGAUGUCAUCACCAUCCUGGACCACGCAGCUGCUCAACAACAGCGUCUGACAGCCAUCAAACUGAUAGACACCUGGCAAGGGAAGGGGACAAAACCCAUGAAGGGCUCGGGGGCAUCAGUGACCACAGCGUCAAGGGAGGAGUGCGAGCUUAUUCUGGCCAUCAUGUUAUUACGAGACUACAUAAAGGAAGACUUUCACUUCACACCUUAUGCCACCAUCAGCUACCUUGUGCCAGGAACGAAGGCAGUGACAAUGAGGCAUGGAUCUGAGGCAGUAACUGUCACAGUGGAACCUGGAAUGUUUGAAGCCUUGCCGAAGGUCCAAAAGCCGAAAGACAAGCUCUCCAGUGCCGCAAAUAAAGACAUGCCCUCCAGCACGGCAAUCAAAGACAAACCUACUACUAGCACAGCACAAAAAGACAAAACGUCGUUAAAAAAAGACAAGCCUGAUCUGGUAAUAAUUAACCCUGAGAAGUCACAUUUCAAGUCUCAGCCGGUAGUAAGUAAUGCCAAGAAGCGGUCCCCGAGACCGGAUACGAAAAGGAAGGCCCCAAUUGUGAUCAGCGACAAUGAUGAACCAAGCACCAUGGACUUCUGCGACUACCUGGCUGGUAGUCCACCAGAGACGCCUAAAUUUCUGGCAGACUCGCCAGUAGAUGUGUCGCCAAAGAAACAGAAACGUAAAUCUUGAUCAGAUCUGUCAUAAACCCGUAUUCAGUUGAACGCUUUCAGAUGGUACUCUAGCUAGUGCAUGUAGAUUAUUGAAGGGCACAAAAAAGAAUCUUAUGGACAAAUUUGUAGCUUACCAGCCGCAUUUGCAUUUUCAUUACCCACCACAUACCCUGCUGUGUGCCGCGAUCUUGUCAAAGUCUGCUGUUGCAAUGUAUUAAGAGUAUUGGGUCGCUUAUAGAGGUAAGUAGACAAGUUUUGUUGAGAUUUACUAUGAAGUCUUUAUAUACGCUAUUCGCCAGGAACAAUUAUUUACCUUAAGACUGGCUUGUAAAUGUAUGUGCUAUAGUAGAAUGUGCAAUAAAAGAUUUA